AUAGAGGAAGAGCUGCUGUGGGUGCAGCAGCUCGUCUUUUGCCUCAACGUUACGGCUAGCAGACAGCGGCGACAAGUGAUCCACACUGUGUAAUUAUACAGCAAACUUUACUUUUUAAGAGCAGGCUUACGAGUUUUGGACAAAAGUCUUCAGCGACCGUGUCUCCAAGAUGAGCUUCCUGUUUAGCAGUCGCUCAUCCAAGACCUUCAAGCCGAAGAAAAACAUCCCAGAGGGCUCCCACCAGUAUGAACUUCUGAAACAUGCCGAGGCCACUCUGGGCAGUGGGAACCUGAGGCAGGCCGUCAUGCUGCCAGAGGGAGAGGAUCUUAAUGAGUGGAUUGCUGUCAACACGGUGGACUUCUUCAAUCAGAUCAACAUGUUGUACGGCACCAUCACAGAGUUCUGCACUGAGACCAGUUGCUCAGUGAUGUCUGCUGGACCGAGAUAUGAGUAUCAUUGGGCUGACGGCACAAAUAUUAAGAAGCCUAUCAAAUGCUCUGCACCCAAGUACAUCGACUACCUGAUGACCUGGGUGCAGGAUCAGCUGGAUGAUGAGACGCUUUUCCCCUCAAAGAUUGGCGUUCCCUUCCCCAAGAACUUCAUGUCUGUGGCCAAAACCAUUCUGAAGCGUCUGUUCAGGGUUUACGCUCACAUCUACCACCAGCAUUUUGACUCUGUGAUGCAGCUGCAGGAGGAAGCCCACCUCAACACCUCCUUCAAGCAUUUCAUUUUCUUUGUUCAGGAGUUCAACCUUAUCGACAGGCGAGAGCUUGCGCCCCUGCAGGACUUGAUUGAGAAGCUUGGAUCCAAGGACAGAUAGAUAUUUCAUCACAAACAGUAUCUUUGUUUUUUUUUACAGUUUCCUUUUCUCCUUUGUCCCUCUUUGUGACCUCUGCUACCUCCACAUCUUCUGCUCUCAACUCUGUGCCUUCGUCUUUUCAUCUCCUCAUUGUUUGUACUGUAUUUUCUUUCCCUUUCGUUCCUUCUCUUGCCUUUUAUGCUGUCUUGGAGCCUUUUUCUCAACUUUGCCACUCUAGAUCAUAGUGCAAUGUAGAAAAGUAUUUUUUCACAGGACCAUGUGGUUAAUGCCUUUCUAAGGACCAAGACUGUUCAGAAUUUAAAGUAAAAAUCCAGCAAAAUUCAUUGUUUAGAAAGGUUUUAGUUAUUGAGGCAGUUUUCUUAUGAGCCUGUAGCUAUUGUAACUACACUGACUGACCAAAUAUCCCGGAUUAGAUUUUUUAAAUGUCUUGUUGGUUCACUGGAGGAGCAAGAACAAAAGGUCUUGGGAUGACUUUUCCCAUCUAUGACAAAUGUGUAGAAUUGUAUUUUCAAAUUGUAUUGCUCUGUGACACAAGCUGGUUGGUGGUGUCUAAAUGGUAUGACAUCACUUGAGUAGGAAAUUGGUCCCCGCUGUGUGUUAACUUACUUCCUGAGUGACUCUUUGCUCUCACAGUACCCUGUGAUGGCGAAUGUGAGAUGCCUUUAAGCUUGCCCCCACAAAAGCCCACGACCAGCUGCAUUAUAGCUGUUUCAAUUUGUCAAUGCAAUAUUGUUUUUGCACAUUUUCAGUCACUUUCUUAAUUGAAAUCGUUGAAAAUGAGAGAAAGUGCUCAAAGUAAUAGAUAUAAUUAGCCACUCAAAGCUUGUAUAUGACCUGUGUUAUGGAUCUGUAAGGUUGAAAUCCUCCUGUCACUAGCAAUCAUAGUCUAAUGUGAAUUUUUUAUUUUACUCUCAUUUUAUUUCAUUUCCGUGGGGCCGAUUUAUUGCGGAACCCAGUGUCUGUAUUUCAAUGCUGGUACUAAUACUUCUCUUCACAAAAUGCAUUUCCCCUAGAUUGAAAAAUUGAGUAAUAACUGGUGCGACCGGGAAUGAUGCGGAUGCGUUACCUGUGGUGUAUGUAGUUUUCUUUGACAGGUGCCUUAUUAGUCAUGGUUCAUGUUUAAUAGUAAUUUCCUGUGCUUCACUCAGGCUACAACAGCAGGGCUGUUUGUACUGCCGUCCUCAUAAAAACUGAUGCAGCUAAUAUUUCUGAUGAAUGUUUUAUUUGGCAAUGCAAGGGAACUGGUCCAUGAACUACUUCACGCUGGACCUAAUUUAUUAUUAGACAAUCAUGUAACGAAUUAGGAGCUGUUAAAUAACUGUUAUGCAUCGUCAGGAACCAGCCAAUGUGAUUAGGUGCAGUAGACUUUCUUUUUUCAUUUUACAAAUGCUGUCCCCCUUUUUAUUUUAAGCAGUUUGGAAAAAAUGUAUGUUUGAUUCACCUUUAAAGUGUGACUUUAUCCACUUUUAGGCCCUUUAGUUGCUUUAUUAAAAAAGCAUCCAUUAUGUUACUCAUUUAUGGGCAUAUCAAUAUAUUUUAUAAAACUGUGUUAUUUUACAGAUUCUAUUGGAAUUCACAUUUCGUCCUCUCUUUCAAUAGAUUCAUGUUCUUCAAAUGUAUUGCUUUUUUUUGCUUUGUUUUUAAACAUUUUGGCUUGGAGUUGCAGUUAAUAUUACACUGUAAAGUAAGUUGUUGACUCAACCUUUUCAAAUAAUUAACAAGGGCUCUGACAUGAAUAAUAAAUGUUUUAUAUACAGUAUAUUUACAAUAAUUUCCCAUCAUUGGGUAGCUGUUUAGACUAGGAGGAUGUGCAAGGAUGUAUGUAAUGCUUUCAAAAACAUUUGCUGUAAGCUAUUUCAGUGUUUUAUCAGAACAAAACUGUGCCUUACGACAAGGAUAGUGUCUGACAUUGACAGAAUUGGUCGUUCAUAAAAACUCAAUAAACACAGAAAGGACA